CCCCUCGCCGUCUCUCUCUUCUGUACAGUCUGGGAUUCGUUGAAGAAGAAGAAAACAGAGAGAGAGAGGGAGAAGCAAGUUUUUGCAGCAAUGGCGGGCGGGGGAUUCUCGGUGGAUUAAUCGGACAGAAAGAACAAAGGAAGGAAGGAGACGGAACAGUGAGGCGCUGGAAAAUCAGGAACACGCAAACUUACAGAGACGAGAGAACACGCAGAGCUACAGAGACGAGAGAGAGAACCCCCUUUUGAUCCAACACUACAAGAUGAUGACGGAUCCAUUGUCGUCGUCUUCUUCUUCUUCGCUGCUGCCCCCUGGGGUUGUAUUCAAACCAAAUGAGAGAGAAAUUUUGCAAGAAUUCUUGACAAAAAAGCUUCACAAUCUUCCACUGCCGAACAAUGCCAUCGUGGAGAUGGAUGUCUACGAUCAUUUACCGUGGUUGUACGCAAGUGGUCAUAAUUAUGGAUUGGAUCAGUAUGAGACGUACUAUUUUGUGAGACGGGAGAAAAAGUCUAAAUCCAAAUCUGAAACCGCGAAGAACCCCAAACGACACCUUAAAAGCGAGGGAAAUUCCAGUUGUGGAGGAUGGUGGAAGGCCAUCACUGGUGAUAAGCCAAUCCGUAAUAAGAGAGGUCGUAUAAUUGGUUUUAAGAAGACUCUCAAGUUUUGUACCUACAAGGACCAAAAGUAUGACCGUAGGGAGUGCGUCAGAACGGAUUGGAUAAUGCAUGAAUACAAGCUGCCGCAUCCAACAUUCCAAGAAUGGGUAGUAUGCGGCAUACGGUACAAUGGGGGAAAAGGGACUGGGCAAGAAUAUGCAUCGGGAUGCCAUUUGACGUUAGACCAUGCAUCGGGACAUCGGCAAGAACGUGAGGAGGAUCAGCAGUCUCAAACACAACAGGAUUCACCAUACGAUAAAGUCUGUAAUGCUUCUUCUCAACUGAACAUGGGAUCCGAUGGGCAAUGCUGUUGGGCAAAUGCGCAAGAAUAUUUUGGGUUAAAUGAGCAAGAAUAUGCAUCGGGAUGCCAUUCGACGUUAGACCAUGCAUCGGGACAUUGGCAAGAACGUGAGGAGGAUCAGCAGUCUCAAACACAACAGGAUUCACCAUACGAUAAAGUCUGUAAUGCUUCUUCUCAACUGAACAUGGGAUCCGAUGGGCAAUGCUGUUGGGCAAAUGCGCAAGAAUAUUUUGGGUUAAAUGAGCAAGAAUAUGCAUCGGGAUGCCAUUCGACGUUAGACCAUGCAUCGGGACAUUGGCAAGAACGUGAGGAGGAUCAGCAGUCUCAAACACAACAGGAUUCACCAUACGAUAAAGUCUGUAAUGCUUCUUCUCAACUGAACAUGGGAUCCGAUGGGCAAUGCUGUUGGGCAAAUGCGCAAGAAUAUUUUGGGUUAAAUGAGCAAGAAUAUGCAUCGGGAUGCCAUUCGACGUUAGACCAUGCAUCGGGACAUUGGCAAGAACGUGAGGAGGAUCAGCAGUCUCAAACACAACAGGUUUCACCAUAUGAUAAAGUCUGUAAUGCUUCUUCUCAACUGAACAUGGGAUCGGAUGGGCAAUGCUGUUGGGAAAAUGCGCAAGAAUAUUUUGGGUUAAAUGAGCAAGAAUAUGCAUCGGGAUGCCAUUCGACGUUGGACAAUCAACAAGCCCGAGAUAGCAACAGAUCUCUCGAAUUUAUUGAUGAUCCGAGUUGGAAUGAGUUUGAGGACACGGAGGGAUCCCAACAAGUUCAGUUUCCUCAGAUUUCAUUCACAGAGACAGAGCUCGAAGAUGGGGGACUUUAUUUUGAUUUGUGGACUUAAUCUCCGAAGAUGAACAGAAGAGGUUCAGUUGUUAGUAAUUGAAUGUACUCUUUUCUUCUUUUGCAUAGAAUUGAAUGUACUCUUUUCUUGUUUUCUUCUUUUCUACUUUUGAUUGGAAAGCGAAAACAUUCAUUGCUGUAAGUUGUUAUCUUUGAUCUGAAUAAAACAGAGCACAAGAUGCCUCCAUUUAUCUAGU